CAAACAUAUUAAUUGCAGUUAACGAUCUACCUCCGAUAGAGCAGCAAAUUCAAAAAACAAAUAUAAAUUUUAAGUGCGUGCGCUGCUGCCAAAUAACAAACAAACAAAUAAAACCAGCUGAGAGAUAACAAUGAGAGCUACGACGUGGAUGUUACUCAUUUGUCUGCUAAUUGGACAAUUUUAUGGCGAGCGGGCGUCACCGAUUGGCGAGGAGAAUGGCGAGGACUACCAGGACGAUGAUUACGAUUACGGUGGAGAGGAUGACUCUGGCAAUUCGGACGGGCCACCAGCGCCCAUUGUGGAAGAUGUGCAGAGUGCGCCACCCUACUUCGAGCAGUCGGAUGUUGUUAUAGACGCCAAGCCAGGCGACGAUGUGAUCAUCAACUGUGAUGCCCGCAACUUUGAGAUUAAAAAUGUGGCCAUGUGGUACAAGAACAGCACCGUGCUGGCAACUGGCCAGAAUGCCAUCAACAACCGGGUGGAAGUCAUGAGGAACAACUCGCUGCGCAUUGGCAGCGUCACGGCGGAGGAUGCGGAUGACUAUUACUGUGUGGUGUUGCCGCAGGACGUGAGGCAGCAUACAAAACUGAUCGUGGGCGCCCGGCUGUCGAUCCUCUGCGACGAUCGCGAUGUUACGGAUCGCUCGCAGACGUUCAAGCAGGGCGACCGUCACAAGCUCGUCUGCCGCGCGUUUCUGCCCACCAAGACAGAUAUCAAAUGGUCCCUGAAUGGUCAGCGACUGCAGCCACCGCCCAGCGAUGCAGCCAAUGGCGUCAUAGUUCUGGAUAAUGUGGACGAGGAGAACGCUGGCGUCUAUCAGUGCCUUGGCGACGACGGCAGCGCUGAUCCGCCUCACGGCAUGGUCACCGUCGAUGUUCAGUACAGCCCCAAGGUCUCCACCCAUCGUCACCAUGUGAACACACAGGAAGGAGACUCGGCGGAGCUCUACUGCGAAUAUCGCGCCAAUCCCAUUGCCAUCAGCUUCUUUAUAAAGGACGGCAAGACACUGUCAUUGUCCGACAAGUACUCGAUCAGGAACACACUGCACAAGGCGCACAAUCGCACCAUGCUCCUCAUCAAGCAUGUGGAGGCCAACGAUCUGGGCGAGUAUCUGUGCCACGUUGAGAACGCCAUUGGCUCCAACGAGGUGCGUAUCCAGCUGAGCUAUCGUCCCGAGACGCCACAGUACGAGGACAGCUCCAUCGAGGGCAAACAGGUGACCAUGCACUGGCUGGUCCGCAGUCUGCAGCCCCUCUCCGAGGCCAUGCUAGACUACAGGUUGACGGGGUCGUAUACGUGGAGCACCGUGUCGGUGAUACAGACACAACGCCAUGACAAGGACAACGGCAUCUGGAAGAUCACACAUCAGAUGGAGCUGUCGCCUGGCCUGUGGCAUGCGCGUGUCAAGACGAAGAAUACCCAGGGCUGGUCCAACUUCUCGCCAGAUCAUGACUUCCACAUUAAGGACGUAGAGGACUCCGAGGAAAUCGACGAUGGGGCUGUGCCGCCGGGUGACUUGGUGCGUGCCGGCUUUGGGGUUGGUUCCGGCAACAAUUCGGCGUGCACCAUGGGAAUGCUGCCCGGCCUGAUGCUAGCCGCCUUCAGCAUAUCCAUGCUGCGACUCUAAGGAUGUUGAUUGUGGGAUUCAAUGAGCAGGAACAGGGCCGGGGGAACUGUACAUACGUAUUUCGAGUUACAUGUUUUUUGCUUGUGCUGUGCCUUGAACCCGGCAACUGGGCAGUAACAGCCUAUCUAUAAGAAUGCCAUUGCAAAGAAAACAACAAAACCUAACCCAAGUAUUCUAAUUAUACAUGCAAAAUGCUAUUGCGCCUGAAAGUGCCCACAUCGUGGGCUCAAUGUUAAUGUUAAUAUAAAAUCAAUCAAGCAUAGGCGAAUUUUCACUAAAAACAACAAAUCAUUUGUGCCAAGAAACAGCAUACGGAAGGAAGAAUUGUACGAAUUAUGUUUAGCUUAGUUUAGUUAAAGAUAAAGUUAAAAAAAAACGAAAAACUGCGACGAUCGGUUGAAAACCGCCCAAAACCUAGCAUAUAAUAUUUAUUUGUUUGUAUUUACGGAUAGUUAACAUUGACGAUUUCUAGAAUCCGAAUGGAGCACAUCCUAAUUACCUGAACAGAAACAGAAACAGAAUCAUAUACUAUAUAUACACACACAUACCGGAUACAGAUACCGAAACUAAGAAUGUAAAUAAGAAGGAAAAAAGAAAUGGGUUAAUGAGGAUCUAGUGACAUAUAGGCGGGGGGGUGUAUGAAUGAGAAUGUUUUUCGUGUUUUGUUUAACCGAGCAUUAAGAUAUACAAGAUUUUAUUUAACAAAUAUAUAUUCGAAUUAUGCAAACAUUUGAAAUAUUAUGAUAACUAGACCAAAGCUUAAAUAUACAUGUGUACCUACCCACACACACACACACACACACGCACACGCGCGCACAUGUACUAUUUUUUACGAAAUGGAAAUAAACGUGGGUAACUAUGAACGAUAAGGAAUCCGGAAGAUACUUACUUAAAAUUAAGAGAUUGAACAAACGGCAUGUUAAUAAGUACUUUUGUAAUAAUAUCGUAUAUACUAUAAUCAGGUGAGGAGAGGAUGGUCGCUUAUUUGUUUGGCUUCGAUUGAAAUUUGUUAGCUACAAUACCUGAAAUUGCCAUUGGCCAUAUACAUUGAUAUAUACAUAGAUAUAUAUAUAUAUGCAGCCGCUGACCAUACAGAUCGAUGAUAUACUUAUGCAUGCUCGCAUGCUUACAAUCAAAACACACACACAGACACACACACAAAUAUGAGAAUAUAUUUUGUAUACUUAUAUUUUAUUUAAGAAUCAUAAUAUUAGUAUUGAAACAUUGAAAAUAAACGUGCCAAUUGCAAGCAAUCAA